AUGUCACCGACCCUCUUCGACGUAGUCAUCAUCGGCGGUGGCCCCGGCGGCCUGUCCAUCGCCACAGCUCUCGCACGACAGACACACACGGCCGUCGUCCUCGACUCGGGGCGGUACCGAAACGCGGUGUCCAAGCACAUGCACAACGUCCCCGGGUUCGACCACGUCGACCCUGCUGAAUUCAGGGCCAAGGCCAAGGCCGACCUCGUCAAGCGGUACAAGAGUAUCGAGUUCCAGACAACUGAGAUCAAGGAGGUGAAAAGGGCUGACGAUGGCACCUUUGAGGUAUCGGAUGGACAGGGCGCCGUGUGGCGCGGUAAGAAGCUCGGUCUGGGAAGCGGCGUGCGGGACCGGACCGAGGAUGAGGUCAAGGGAUACGAGGAGUGCUGGGGACGUGGCAUCUUCCACUGCCUCUUCUGCCAUGGCUUUGAGGAGCGCGGCACAGAGACGGCUGGGUUCCUCGUCAACGACAUGAUGACGGCGCCCACGAACCCCAUGCCACCCGCAGACAUGAUCACCCACGUCUCGCGCAUGGCCAAGCGGCUGGCGAAGAACGUAAUCAUCUACACAAACGGCCGCGCGGAGCUGGUCGACGAGCUCAAGGCCAAGAUCCACUCGUCCAAGAUCAUCGUCGACAACCGGGUGAUCGACCAUCUCAGCCUGGUAGGCGAGGGCCCUCACGUCAAGAUUACCUUUGAGGACGGGACGACCAAGACGGAAGGCUUCCUCGCGAGCCACCCCAAGGUCGAGCAGCGCGCGGGCAGCCUGGUCGAACAGUUGGGGCUAGAGAUGACGCCGGGCGGCGACAUCAAGGCCAACCCGCCCAUGAACGAGACGAGCGUCAAGGGCGUGUUUGCGGUGGGCGACGCGGCGACGCCGAUCAAGAGCGUCAUGCAGGCCAUGUACAUGGGCAUGUUUGCCGGUGUGGGCAUGGUGACGCAGCUGCAAAUCGAGCUGGAGCUGAAGGACGAGCUGUAG